UCGGGAUCGACAUUCACAUAGAUAGACACUUCCGUUGGUGUAUGAAACAUCACAUUUUUAUUGUUUUAGAGAAGCCGGGUAUUUAUGUUGAAAAAUUGGUUUGAUUUUGUAAAGAAUUCAACAUGAAGAUGAAUAUCACUUCCGCAGCGGGGGUGAUCUCUCUUUUAGAUGAACCAGAGCCACAGUUAAAGGCCUUUGCUCUUGAAAAGUUGAACAACAUCGUAGAUGUCUUUUGGGCUGAAAUCUCGGAAAAUGUAGAUAAAAUAGAAGUAUUAUAUGAAGAUGCAUCAUUUAAGAAUAGUGAACUUGCUGCAUUGGUGGCCUCCAAGGUGUAUUAUCAUUUGGGAGCAUUUGAAGAGUCCUUGACCUUUGCCCUGGGUGCAGGCUCUCUCUUCAAAGUCAAUGACACAUCAGAAUAUGUUGAAACUAUCAUAGCCAAAUGUAUAGACUUCUACACCAAGCAGCGUGUCAAGAACAUUGAUGGCAGCGAGGACCAGAAGAAGGAAAUUGACCCACGAUUGGAGGCCAUCGUCAACAGGAUGUUCCAACGGUGCUUUGAUGACAAACAGUAUAAACAGGCUGUUGGUAUAUCACUAGAAACCAGAAGAAUAGAUGUUUUUGAGAGGGCCAUAUUGGAAAGUGAGGAUGUGAAUGCUAUGUUGCUGUACAGUCUUACCGUCUGCAUGUCCUUGAUUCAGAACCGUCACUUCAGAAACACAGUUCUUCAAUUGCUGACCAAGCUCUACAUGGGAUUGGAGACCCCAGACUAUAUCAAUGUUUGUCAGUGCUACAUUUUCUUGGAUGAUGCUCAGGCAGUGGCAGACAUAUUGGAGAAACUACUGAAGGGGAGCCAGGACAAUGUCUUGAUGGCAUACCAGAUUGCCUUUGACAUGUACGAAAGUGCCACACAGCAGUUCUUACUGCGAGUACAGAAUGCUCUCAGGUCAACAGUCCCCCUUCCCGAAACCGACCUCAGAAAAUCAACAGAUAUAAAGGAGGAACCAAGCUCAGAUGAAGGAAAGGAAAAAAUGGACACAGAGUCCAUGGAGGCCCCUUCAUCACAGACUCCGGCAGUGUCUUCUUCCAAACUGCAGACAGAGGAAGAAAAAAUGUUGACAGACAGGAUGAAGAAUCUCCACACUAUUCUGGGAGGGGAGGUGACCAUUGGACUUCAUUUACAGUUCCUUAUCAGAAAUAACAAAACAGACACCCUGAUACUGAAAAAUACAAAGGAGGCAGUAAGGAAUUCUGUUUGUCAUUCAGCAACAGUCAUAUCUAACUCUCUUAUGCACUGUGGAACAACGUGUGAUCAAUUUCUAAGAGAUAAUUUGGAAUGGUUAGCUAGAGCUACGAAUUGGGCAAAAUUUUCAGCAACAGCUAGUUUAGGCGUAAUUCAUAAGGGUCAUGAAAAGGAAGCACUAAAUCUCAUGUCUACUUAUUUACCGAAAGAUUCCGGUCCCGGGUCAGCAUACUCAGAAGGAGGGGGACUAUUUGCUUUAGGUUUAAUACAUGCGAAUCAUGGAGGGGAGAUAACUGAUUAUUUACUGAACCAGUUAAAAGAUGCCUCCACUGAUAUGGUCAGACAUGGUGGCUGUCUCGGUUUGGGUUUGGCUGCCAUGGGAACAGCAAGACAAGAUAUUUAUGAACAACUUAAGUUUAACCUCUACCAAGAUGAUGCUGUUACAGGUGAAGCAGCUGGCAUUGCUAUGGGACUGGUCAUGUUGGGUACCAAACAGUCCACAGCCAUUGAGGACAUGGUGGCUUAUGCCAAGGAAACUCAGCAUGAGAAGAUCCUGCGAGGUCUAGCCUUGGGGAUUGCCUUGACGAUGUAUGGCCGGCUUGAGGAGGCAGAUGCUCUGAUUGAAAGCCUGUGUAUGGACAAGGACCCCAUCCUUAGGUGGUCAGGCAUGUUCACCAUCGCCAUGGCAUACUGUGGUUCAGGAAGUAAUCAAGCCAUUCGCAAACUCCUACAUGUUGCAGUCAGUGACGUAAAUGAUGAUGUGAGAAGAGUGGCAGUCACCUCCCUUGGGUUCCUAUUAUUCAGAACCCCUGAGCAAUGCCCUCAAGUGGUAUCCUUGCUGUCGGAGAGCUACAACCCACAUGUACGAUUUGGGGCAGCCAUGGCCUUGGGAAUUGCUUGUGCUGGAACAGGUCUUAAGGAAGCCAUCAGUUUGUUGGAACCCAUGACCAAUGACCCUGUGAACUAUGUUCGUCAAGGUGCUCUGAUUGCAUCUGCCUUGGUGUUAGUUCAACAGAAUGAAAAUACCUGUCCAAAGGUCUCUCACUACAGAAGCCUUUAUUCAAAAAUCAUUAGUGACAAACAUGAUGAUGUUAUGGCAAAGUUUGGUGCAAUCUUGGCUCAAGGAAUUAUAGAUGCAGGAGGACGUAACAUGACAAUUUCACUGCAGUCUCGCACUGGCCACAUGAACAUGGAGGCAGUGGUGGGCAUGCUGGUGUUCACACAGUUUUGGUUCUGGUAUCCCCUGACACAUUUCCUGUCAAUGGCCUUCACUCCAACCUGUCUGGUGGGUCUCAACGAGGACCUCAAGAUGCCAAAGUUGGAGUUCCGUUCUAAUGCCAAGGCCUCACAAUAUGCCUAUGUUCCGCCCCUUGAGGACAAGAAGGAGAAAACAAAAGAGAAAGUACUGACUGCAGUUCUUAGCAUCACUGCCAAACAGAAGAAGAAGGAGGCUGAAAAGAAGAAAGAUGAAGAGAAGAUGGAUGUGGAUGAUGAAAAGAAAGAUAAAGAGGAUGAAAAGAUGGAAACAGAGGAAGGAGAAAAAGAAAAACAAGAUAAAGAGAAAUUGGAGAAAGAACCAGAGGCAAAUUUCCAAAUAUUAAACAAUCCAGCCAGAGUGAUGAAAGCUCAGCUGAAGGUUUUGGUGAUGCCAGAGGGAAGCAAGUACUCAGCUGUCAAAGAUGUUUCGCAUGGCGGCAUCAUUUUGUUAAGGAACAGCAAGCCAGGAGAACAAGAGGAAAUUAUUGAGCCAGUUGCAGCUGGAGGACCAAAGAUUGAAGAGGAGGAAGAACCUGAACCUCCGGAGCCAUUUGAAUGGACUGAGGAUUGAGGAGACAGGAUUAUAUAGAUGUGAAUUGAUUGUGUACCCAACAACAGCUGUAUCACAAGUGUGUAAAAGUGAACAAUGACAUUAGUGACUGUUUUCAGAAGGUGUGGCCUUCAUCAACAUGAUAGAUACAAGAGACUGGGUUUAUACCAACAUGAUAUAUAUACAUUUUUGUGAAAUUUAAACAAAAUCGAAAAUCAUAAUAAAUUAUGUCAAAGAAA